CCUCAUCAUUCUCAUCCUCCCUGUCCUCCCCAUCCUUCUCGUCCCCAUCCUUCCCGUCCUCAUCCUCCCCAUUCUUGUCCUCACCAUCCUCAUUCUCACCAUCCUCGUCCUUAUCAUCCUCGUCAUCAUCAUUCUCAUCAUCCUCAUCCUCACCAUCCUCAUUCUCCCCAUCCUCGUCCUCAUCGUCCUCAUCAUCCUCAUCAUCCUCAUCCUCCCCAUCCUCAUUCUCCCCAUCCUCAUCCUUAUCAUCCUCAUCAUCAUCAUUCUCGUCAUCCUCAUCCUCAUCAUCCUCAUCCUCAUCAUCCUCACCAUCCUCAUCCUCCCCAUCCUCAUUCUCCCCAUCCUCGUUCUCGUCGUCCUCAUCCUCAUCAUCCUCACCAUCCUCAUCCUCCCCAUCCUCAUUCUCCCCAUCCUCGUCCUCAUCAUCCUCAUCAUCCUCAUCCUCCCCAUCUUCAUCCUCCCCAUCCUCAUUCUCCCCAUCCUCGUCCUCAUUGUCCUCAUCGUUCUCAUCCUCAUCAUCCUCAUCCUCAUCAUCCUCACCAUCCUCAUCCUCCCCAUCCUCAUUCUCCCCAUCCUCGUCCUCAUUGUCCUCAUCGUUCUCAUCCUCAUCAUCCUCAUCCUCCCCACCUUCAUCAUCCUCACCAUCCUCAUGCUCCCCAUCCUCAUCCUCAUCAUCCUCAUCAUCAUCAUCCUCAUCAUCCUCAUCCUC